AUUUAGUAAUGAGAAACUGCAAGUGACCAACGCAUCUUCGAAACAUCUUAAGAAUGAAUAUCUCUUCCAUGGCAAGGGAAGAUGUCGUCCUGUGUUUCAUCACUUAAUCCACGACCCCUCGUAAUACACACAACCAAAAUUCAUCAUAAUUUCGCCCUUAUAUGCCCUAAUAUAGACACAAGUGAGGCCACGCUUACUUUGCGCAGGUUGAUAAAGCUUGGAGAGCAGGUUAGUUAUGCUGCAACAGCAAAAAGAUAUGGUUACAGUCACUCCACAGUAUCAAGGCCUCACCCUGGGUUUCAUGGAUCUUAUGCAGGGAAGUUUGGAAACUAUCAACUUAUGAGAGGUAUUCGAGCAGGGAGCACAAGGCACAGUGAGGGAAUGCAGGAUGAUGAGUGUAUCGUAUGGCAGAGCUGUGGUGAGAAGUAAACCUUAUGGCUGGAGGCAGAGGUACGGAUACCGCCGAGCCUCUAGACCCGCCUCCAGCCACCUUAGAAGUGCCGGUGUACUCAGGGGUCUGGAUAGCCAUGACAGUUGUAAUCUGUACGGAUCCGUAGAGCUUUAAAAGUUGAGAGGGAAACACCUCAAACUCGUACCUGGCGGGGGG